ACAUUCAGACAGUAGUAUUUCAUAAAUAACAGGACACAACACUGUGUGUGGAGGGGAUACAUAGAUGUAGGUAUGGACUAUAGGGCAUUGCAUUAACUGGAUACCUGCUGUUGGAGAGGACCUCGUUUUUGAGACAUGCAUGACGUGUCAGUUACGUAACAAAGCUUGGUUUUGGUCACGUGACGACCUCGUUUUUAACCAGGCUCCAGAGCACUGAAUCAAAACAUCAGGGUUUCAGAAGGUCGGGCUGUGUGGAGAGACCCAUCAGGAGCUGUUUCUCCAAAACACUGACAGGGAAACAAUUUGUCUUUUAAGGGUUUUGGAGCCAGAGCCAUGCGUGUGCUUCCCUGGAGGAUCCAGCUGGCUCUGACAUGGCUGUUGUUGCUAUGCUUCACGCCAUGGUGCAGCUCAAGGCCUGAUCCGCGCCAGCGAGAGACUUUGAUGAAGAUGGAAGUAAAGAGAGCGAUCGGCGGUGGUGUGGUGCUGAACAAGAAAGAAAAGCUCCUCGAUGAAAAACUGUACCAGAUGAAAUGGCAGGAAAUGGAAGCGGCAGACUUCCCCCCUGCUAUGCACUUCUUUAAAGCAAAGUCUCUGAUUGAUGCAAGUCCAGUCUUCAACUUUCUGCAGAAGAUGCCCAAGGGUGCAGCUCUACAUGUGCAUGACUUUUCCAUGGUGGACGUUGAGUGGUUGGUGAAGAACGUGACCUACAGGGAGAACUGUUACGUGUGCUUCACUGAUGGUGGCUUUGUGCGCUUUGUGUUCUCCUCGGUGAAGCCCAAAGCAGCACCUUACUGCUCCACAUGGGCUCUGCUCAAAACCAUAAGGGAGAAAUGCAACACCACUGAACUGGACAACAGCUUUAUUCGAAACAUGACGCUGGUUACUGAGGAUCCAGACAGCGACUACCCCAACCAAGAUGUCAUCUGGACCAGAUUUGAAGAAGCAUUCAAGGUAGCCUAUGGACUGGUCACGUAUGCUCCUGUGUUUAAGGAGUAUCUUUAUGAAGGAUUCAGGCAGCUCUACGUGGACAACAUCAUGUAUGUGGAAAUCCGAGCUCUUCUGCCGCUGACAUAUGAGCUCGACGGCAGAAAGAACAGUAGGGAUUGGAGCAUGAGGGCUUGUCGGGAGGUUCUCCAACACUUCACGGCUCAGUAUCCAGACUUCUUAGGAGCCCGAAUCAUUUUUACCGUCCACAGAAGCUUGAAUUCGACACAAGCUUCAGAGGUGGUGGAGGAGGCCAUGACACUGCAGAGGAACUUUCCAGACAUCAUGGCAGGUUUUGACUUCGUGGGUCGUGAAGAAAGUGGAAAUCCUCUGUGGUAUUUUAAAGAGGCUUUGGGGCUGCCGGAGGAGCGUGGAGUCCGUCUGCCCUACUUCUUCCAUGCAGGAGAGACUGAUUCUGAGGGUACAGCAGUGGAUCAGAACAUGAUGGACGCUCUGCUUUUCAACACAUCUCGGAUUGGACAUGGCUUUGCGAUUGUUCGUCACCCUGUGGUCAAAGAGCGCGCCAGGGAGAUGGAUGUAGCAGUGGAGGUUUGCCCCAUCUCUAAUCAGGUCCUGAAGCUGGUUUCAGACCUGCGAAACCAUCCAGCGGCUGUUCUAAUGGCAGAGGGUUAUCCCAUGGUGAUCAGCUCUGACGAUCCAGCUCUGUUCGGAGUGACUGGGCUCUCAUACGAUUUCUACCAGGCUUUCAUGGGCUUUGGUGGAAUGAAAUCCAAUUUAGCUACACUGAAAGAGCUUGUCUUAAACUCUCUGAGGUACAGCUCAUUGUCUCCCACUUUGAAGGAAAAAGCCAUUGCAGCUUUACAAGUGAAAUGGGACAAGUUUGUCUCUGAGACUUUGCUGUAAACUUACUGGAGAAACUGAGAAUCUCUUCAAGUGGAAAAAGUUCAAACUGCACAUGUCCAUCAGUACCAAGUUUACUGAAAGUUAGAUCAUUUGAUGUGGUGUUUUUUAAAAAUAUUUCUCCAUUUUUAUUUCAACUGGGUGUUUUUAAUAUUAGUGUCCUGCUGUUGAAGGUGAAAGCUGGGUGGCAUGGUGGUGUAGUGGUUAGCGCUGUUGCCUCACAGCAAGAAGGUUCUGGGUUUGAGCCCAGCGGCCAACGGGGGCCUUUCUGUGUGGAGUUUGCAUGUUGUCUGCGUGGGUUUCCUCCAGGUACUCCAGUUUACCCUACAAUUAACAUAGGGCAGCCUUAGGCUGAGGCAGGGCCGUAACUACCAUUGAGGACACCGAGGUCAUGUCCUCGGCAUUUUUUUCCCACGGUAUUUUUUUUUUUCACUCAGAAAUGUGAAAUUAAUAUAUGAUGAAAAUCGUUCUGACUUUGAUCGGUGGAAAAUUCUAAAUUCAGCUUGCAUCCCCCUGUUCUCAUUUGUUUGUCUAAAAAUAAAGUCCACAUAAUCAUUUUUAAACGAAGCUGAAAUAUCCGACAUUGGAAACAUUUCAUAUCAGGCAGCCUCGCGAUAGUCAGCUAAGCACCACGGGAUAUACAAGAGCUGAGAAGUGUUCUCAUCAAGGUCCGACUCCGCAGCCAGUCAGUUUGUCAAUUAGUCGUGGAAUCUGAAAAUUGACAUAAGAUGAAGAAGUCUACUACACUAAAACAAACCAAACUCAGCUUUGGAAAGUCAGCAAGUGAGAGAAAAAGAAAGAGGGAAGAAGGGGAGUUAAUUUUGCCAGUCACUGACAGUUAUGUGCCGGAAUGCUUAUGAUCAUUAACAGUGCAAUUUUAAUUAGCAUUUCAAGCAACAAUAGUCGAAGCCACUUAGCUAGAUAGGAUUUUCGUUUUCCAGGCGGCACAAACUCCUUUAUUCUCUCUCUCGAUUUGAUUUGGUGCAUUUCAGAUCAGAAAAGGCUGGACAGUCGUGACCUGUUGUUUAUGAAGUUAUUGGGUGCUGACGAGACUUGAGCUAUUUUGCUAACUUACCAGACUAUAGGCCAGGGGCGUGUUUAGCCUAUUUUUUGGGGUGCUCAAGCACCCCCAAAAACGAGCUCAGCACCCUCUAGCUCAGCACCCUCAACACUGCUUUUGGAUGUAAUUUUCAGAAAUAAGUGCCCUUGCGCACUGCGCAAUGAAUGUGUGCGCGGGCGUGUGUGUGUUCUUGAAUUCACCUGUUACGUAAUAGUUCUGUGAGCAGUAAAAUACCUCUCCUCCUUGCGUCCCCUCUGAUUGGGUUGCCUGUCCGCGCGAGUGCUUGCUACGACAUGGUGUUUUUUUAACUGGAUUCCACGCCGAUGAGGAACUCGAAGUAGCACCUGAGUAUUACUGGCAUAGCGAGAUGUGAAGGUACGGACUGGAGUUACAAUUGUUAAACACAACACAGUAAUAUGCAUAAUGCAAUAUUGAUGUUCCCUGGUCUAUGAACAGAAUGAUAAAAACGACAUUUAUCAUCCAUAUCGAGAUAUUUUUGUGCAGAGCUGUACAAUUAAACAAAUGACUAUCAAAAGAACACUACCAAAAUAUAACAAAUGUAAACUAAUGUAAAAUCAUAAUACACACUAUUACACAAUAACACAUUAAUUAACAAUUACCACUGUUCAAAAUGAAUAGCUCCAACAUUACAAAUGCAGUAGUAGGUCUUGUUUAGUUAAAAAUAUAACGUAAAUAUUUGUCAGUGGUUGUACUGUAAAUGUGUAGAUAUCAUAGUUUAUUGGGUCAGCUUCUGUUAAAACAUUGCAUAAGUCUAGUCUAGUCUUCUUGUCUAGUUAAGUCUAGUCUAAAUGGGGAAUAAACGUGGAAACACUGUCGUUCAAGCCAGGUGCCUCUGUCAGCUCUGGCUAAGCACCCCCAAAGAUCAGAUGCUAGAAUCGCCCCUGCUGUAGGCUAACGUGAACACAAGACACUAUUGUUUUGAUCAUUGAUUGUAUUUUCGAACGGAAAUGAAAACGGGUAGCAAACUUAUGUUCACAUUUUAUUUACAACAUGAUGCACCACCUCUGACUGCUUUCUGUCAAUCAUGAGCAGCCCAGCCGCGUUCACAGCUCCUCCUCCGAUCAGCAGCUGGAGAUGAGCCUCCUCUCGGGAAGUCUUGUCCCGCCCCUCUUAUUGACUCCCAUCCCCAGUGAGGCUCAGUCUCCAAAUGUAGCGUUUUAGUCGGUUUUGUCCAAUAACCGUCUAGUAUUUUGCUAUUGAAAAGGGCAUAUAUUUUUUAAAAAGCAAUUGAAGUCCAUUCAGGCUCGGCUAGAUUGCGUUGUCACUCACUCAAACUGUCACACUCUCUCUCGCUCACUCACACACAAAAUACUUUUGUGAUCGUGCAGUUUUGCAAUUGUUAAAAUAAACAUGUUCACCUACAUGUUCAUCUUGUUGGGCUUGUGAUUUUGACUCGUUUCCAAAAUGUAUGAAAAGUCACCAUAUUAGGACAUUUUUCUUUUGGCAAAUAAGAUGUAUCGCAAUGUUUGACCUCGGUAUUUGAAAAAUCCUGGUUACGGCCCUGGGCUGAGGUGCCCUUGAGCAAAGCACCUACCCCCAACUGCUCCCUGGGAACUGUUAGCAUGACUACCCACUGCUCUGGGUAUGUGUGUGCGCUCAUUGCUCACGUAUGUGUGUGUUCACUGCUUCAGAUGGGUUAAAUGCAGAGAGGAAUUUCACAAUUGUACAUGUGAUUGAAUAAAGAAGUUAUUCUUACCUGGAGCGCCAUGAAGACUUCUGAGUGCAUAGAUCGCCCUCUGCUGGACAAAUUCAUUUAUUGAACUCAAACUGUGCACCAUUUGACUCUCCGCUACAUCUUGAAGUCUUCAUCUUGGAUGAAUUUCAGUAGUGAGAAGAAAACUGACUGAUCAAUAAUAACAACAACAACCAAGCAGCUGUAUUUCAGAACCUGUGAAGCUAAUUUCAUCUAGUUUUACAACCAUACAAGUGCUUUUACAUAAUACAUGUAAACUAUGUUGCAGGCGGAUGACUGAUUUUGUUCUAUUUAACUGUUGAGACAAAAAAAAUACUUUUUUUUUUUUAAAUCUUAGUGUCAGAAUCGGAAAAUCCUCAAGAAAUCUAAGAAUUAGUUUAACAGUCAAAUCAUGGUCAAAUAUGUUAAGUAAGGAAUCAAACACUUGGGGGCGGCCUGUUCAAAGAAAACGAUCAACGACUGUCAGGUGUGGUGCAGCCUGACAGGAAACGGAGAUACUGCUGCCACUUCAGAGUUGAUUAUUUUCCUAUAACAGCAUCUUCUGUAGCGUUUUAUUCCUCUAAUACCACAGCACUUUGACAAUGCAAAAAAUUCUUAUGUAUUAAAGAACAAACUUUUUAUCCAUUUAUAGUUACAUAUGAUGUUACGUUAAAUGUAACUAUAAAGUUACGUUAUAGCAGCUAUAAACACUCAUGCCCUCACUAGACUCUCUCUCUCUCUCUACUGAAAGUAAUAAAACAAAGAACUUGCUUCUUGUCAUGUUACUGAGAAACCAGAACGCAUAAAUCCCUGCAUCAGGACAAUGAAAGUUACAACUUGACCUGUAACUGUUACAAAGGGCUGACACUGGAGACUCCUUCUAUAAAUGUUACAGAAACAUCUCAGAAAAACUUGUGUGUUUUGUUGAUAAAUAAUUAAGACAAUUAUUCAUUUGUUCUUAGGCUUAAAGGGCUGAUGACACGAACAUGACUAUGCAAUUUCUUAAAUAAACUAUACAACAUGGCAAA